AUGAGGCGGAAUGGUAAGGUAGUGAUUAAAAAGUUAGAGGAGAAGGCAAGGAGACAAGUGACGUUCUCAAAGAGAAGAAAGUGUCUUCUGAAGAAGGCACAUGAACUCUCUGUUCUCUGUGAUGUCCCCAUUGGUCUCAUCAUCUUCUCCCAAACCAACAAGCUCUACGAUUUCUGCUCCCACUCCACCAGCAUGGAGAAUCUCAUCAUGAGAUAUCGAAAGGCAAAAGAAGGUCAUGCCUCUGCAGACCACAGUCUUCACCCGGAUCACGGAUCAAAGUGUGAGGAGAAGAAGGAAUCAAUGAUGAGAGAGAUAGAGAACCUAAAAAUGAAUCUUGAAUUGUACGGAGGACAUGGCUUGAAUCUCUUAACCUACGACGAUCUCCUUCGUUUCGAGCUCCAACUCGAAUCUUCUCUCCACAAUGCUCGAACUCGAAAGUUUGAGAUCAUGCAUCAGCAGCAACAAAAGGAGGAGCCUAAGCCUAAGGGAAAGGGAAAGGAGCAAGGAAGCUCUUGGGAGCAUCUGAUGUGGCAAGCAGAGACACAGAUGAAGAUGAUGACGUCUCAUAGGCAAGAAGAUGAUGACGUCAUGUGCCGACAAGUGAAGGAUGAGUUCCCUUUUUACGGUGAAGAACAGCCUACCCGCGUUCUUCAGCUCCUCCGCACUCUGCCGCCAUCGCCAUCACAACCAGGCCAACUCUAG